GCAAAUAUGGGGAAGUGCAAAUUUAACGACAAGUGGAUGGAAGAGGAUGUAUUUAGGAGGUGGUUGGCGCCGGCUGAAAACAAAAAUGAGGCAAUGUGUAAAUACUGCAAAAAGACUUUUUCAUUAGGGACCAUGGGGCUCAAAGCAGUCGAGUCGCAUAUGAAAGGAGGAAAGCACCAGCGGUUUGUGGCAGCAGCUAGCCAUAGUGGGGACAGGCUAAUCCCUGCAUUGUUUGCAGCACAACCGAACGCUUCAAAUUCAGGCGCUAACGUUACCUCUCAGUCGCCUAUAACAAAUUUCGUUUCACCGCCAGACAUUCAAAAGGCAGAGGUACUGUGGGUUCUCCAUACUGUGACGAGGCACAAUUCAUUUAAAUCUAACGAGGACAUACGUAGUGUCUUUCAAGCCAUGUUUCCCGAUUCGCAGCUUGCAAAGUCAUUCACCUGUGGUGAAAAUAAAACCGCGUAUGUCGCGAAAUAUGGCAUCGCUUCCUUCAUCAAGAAGGAGCUAUCGUGCAGUGUUAGUGAGAAGCCAUAUGUUGUAAUGUUUGAUGAAAGCAUGAAUAAAACGACAAAGAGCAAACAAAUGGACCUUCAUUUGCGUUUCUGGACUACUAAUGUUGAGACUGGCACACACCACGUCAUCUCCCGCUACUAUGGGUCGGAGUUCAUGGGUCACUCCAGAGCUGAGGACAUGUUGGGUCAUUUCAAUGAAGGUACAAAGGAGUUGAAUCUGAAUAACAUGCUCUCACUGUCAAUGGAUGGGCCCGCUGUAAAUUGGAAGUUUGUUGAACUCUUACAAGAGGAACACAGAGAGCAGUGUGGUGGAGCCCAACUACAAAUAAUUGGGAGUUGUGGCCUUCACACGAUGCACAACUCGUUCAAGAACGGCUUUGCGGUGUGGCAAGUUGAGAAAGUCCUGAAAGCCCUUCACUACCUGUUUCAUUGUGCACCUGCAAGGAGAGAAGACUUUGUGUUAGUGACCACGUGUGAUACAUUUCCUCUUCCAUUUUGUGGACAUCGAUGGCUGGAAAACCUUCCAGCAGUGGAGAGAGCCAUUGAAAUUUGGCCAUAUAUUGUCACCUAUGUGGAUCAGGUCAAAGCCAAGAAGCUCCCCAAUCCAAGGUCAUCGUCAUAUGACACCAUCGCAGAAGCCCGGAUGGAUCCAUUCAUCUUGGCAAAGUUACACUUCUUCAUGAGUGUCUCAAGAAGUUUCCAGCCAUUUCUCACCAAGUACCAGACAGAUGCCCCGAUGAUUCCCUUCCUCGGCAGAGAUUUGGAGGAUCUAAUCAGGAGCCUUCUCGGACGCUUCAUAAAGCGAGACGUCCAGGUUGAUGUUUCCCCUGUAAAGCUGGUCAAGAUUGAUGUUACAGACCAAAAGCUUUGGGUCACUCCAAAGCAAGUGGACAUCGGCAUGGGAGCCACAGCUGCCCUUAAGGGAAUGUCAGGCAGUCAGAUUGGUGGAAGUGAGCGUGAUGUGUUACUAUUCAUGCGAGACAGUCAGAAUGCUCUGUCAAAAAUUUGUCAGAACAUUUUAUUGAAGUGCCCCCUGAAGUACCCCUCUGUCCGAAAUAUGAUGUGCCUGGACCCCCAAAAUAUGCACAGUGAACCAGACAUGUGCCUGCAAAAAAUGAAGGCCCUCAUCAUGAAAUUUGUGCAGGAUAAGAAGCUGUCAGGAGGAGUCACAGCUGGUAACAUCUGUAGAGAUAUCAGAAAUGUGAACAAUUAGCCUAGUGUUUAUCAAAGGGAGACUUUUUUAAGAUGUCAAGUUAUACUAGCUUAUUAUUUUGUAGUUCAUUUUUUUUGUAUUUUAUUGGAAAUACAGCCUACUGUGAGUUAUAAUAAAUGUCUGUAGGCCUAAUAUGUGUACUUAGACGUAAUAAUUUACAUAUUGUUGGGAAUAUGAGAUGAAUUUUCAUGAGCUUAGUGAAAAUAAAUCUUUUAUGAUUUCCACAAAAUAUAAUUUUAACU